UUAUGCUCUCACCUGUUACCUGAAUUUUCCAGCUGUGACAAAUCUUAGUUGAAUUCAUUCUAUUUCUUUUUUUGGUCUUUGUUUUUGUUGCCAGAUAGGUGAUAGGUUUAUAAACUUCGGAAGGCUUGUCCAAAGGCUUUACAACAAGGUUCUGGCUGCUGGUCUUGGGGGUUAUGCUCAGAUGCAGGGUUGGAGGAAGUGGUGGCAAAUUGGUGUCUGAUUUAUUAGAGAAGAGGUAACUGAGAGAUGGCAAAUAGAACAGACCCAGCAGCCAAGAGCGUUCAUGGCACUAACCCUCAGAAUUUGGUCGAGAAAAUUUUGCGGUCCAAAAUUUACCAGAAUCCUUAUUGGAAGGAGCAAUGUUUUGGUCUGACAGCUGAAACAUUGGUUGACAAAGCUAUGGAACUUGACCAUUUUGGAGGAACGUUUGGGGGAAACCGAAAGGCGACUCCAUUUAUGUGCCUCACAAUGAAGAUGCUUCAAAUUCAACCAGAGAAGGAAAUUGUCGUGGAGUUUAUCAAGAAUGAGGAUUACAAAUAUGUUCGAAUUCUGGGAGCAUUUUAUUUGCGUCUUGUUGGUAAACCAACUGAUGUAUACCAAUAUUUGGAACCUUUGUACAAUGACUACCGAAAGUUACGAUACAAGCGCCCAGAUGGAAAAUUCUCAGAUACAGGCUUUACAUUGAGUCAUGUGGAUGAAUUUAUUGACGAACUUUUGACAAAGGAUUAUUCUUGUGAUGUUGCUUUGCCACGUGUCCCUAAAAGGUGGACUCUUGAAGCAGCCGGUCAGUUGGAACCAAGAAGGAGUGCCUUGGAGGAUGAUUUUGAGGAGGAAGAAGAAAAAGACGAGGAGGAUCAUGUGCUGGGUUUGGACACUCUUGCACUUGAUAAGGAUCAUCGACGUGGUAGGAGCUCUCCAAGGGACAGAGAUAGAGAUGCUAGAAAACGAGAUAGUUAUAGGCAGUACAGAGAUCGCAAUCAUGAUAGGGAUUAUGAUUACGAUCGAGGCAGAGGAAGGGAAAGAGAUAGGGACAGAGAUAGGGAUCGAGACUACUAUCGGGAUCGUGAUCGUGGGCGGGAUGACAGGGAUUCCCUUAGGGACAGAGACAGGGAUUAUCACAGAAGAGACCGUGAAAAGGAAAGAGAAAGACAUUACUGGGAUAGAGAAAGGCGGCAUAGUCGAUCACGUAGUCGUAGCAGAAGCAGGGAUCGCAGAGACCGAGAUCAUGAUAUGGUUGACUACAAAAAACGACAUCAUAGCCCUAGUCCUCUAAAUCACAGGCGUGCUGAUAAAGAUGCAUUGGAUGGAGAGCAUCGCAAUGGCCGAGAUGAACCAAAGAGGAAAAAGGAAAAGAAAGAAAAGAAAGAGCCUGCCGCUGAUGGAACAGAUCAUCCUGACCCAGAAAUUGCUGAAGCCAAUCGCUUACGUGCAGCAUUGGGAUUGAAACCUUUAAAGUAGCAAGUUUUCUUUGAAGUGGUAGCCUAGAACUUCAUUUCUAUCUCUGGUAUUUGGAGCCAUUCUAUGGAUGAGACCUACAGAAAUUGUAUGAAAUUUUUCCAUUGUCAGUUACUUCUUUGAACAAGAAUGACGUGCAUGUAGCCUUGUUAGGCAGGAUCCUAUGUAACUUCUACCGUACAGAUAACUUGAAUUGAUGUGAGCAUGUUGUCUUUUGCAAUA